AUUCCACCUCAGGCGCCACCUUAAUUACAUUCUUCUAUCCUUUCUAUGGAUGGAAUGAACAUAUUUCCUCUUGCUGCCGGGAGCUUCAGGUGAAGCAGUCAAGAUGGCGCAGCAGACUCCCGCGUCGGCUCAACUGGACCGUAUAGUCCACGAGCUACGCUCCAAAAAUGACGAAACGAGACAAAGAGCAGCAAGUACGCUGCGACAGACUGUCGAGGCGGCGCAUCGAGAGCUCGCACCUAACCUCUUCACCAAUUACAACAAUGAGGUUUAUGCCAAGAUAUCGGGCCUCAUCGUCACAGGCAGCGACUCGAACGAACGCAUCGGCGGUAUCCACGCGCUCAACGCCCUGAUCGACUUCCGCGGCGACGAUGCCGGCCAGAAAACGACGCGCUUUGCCUCUUACCUUAGGGCGGUAAUGCGAGGGCAGGACAUCACGGCCAUGGUAGUAGCAGCUAAGGCGCUCGGUAGACUCGCGAAACCUGGCGGAACACUCACUGCAGAAUUGGUCGAGGCAGAAGUCAAGGGCGCGCUGGAAUGGCUACAGCUGGAGCGCCAGGAGAACCGCCGUUUCGCUGCCGUGCUCAUUUUACGCGAGCUGGCGAAGAACUCACCCACGCUCAUGUACCAGUGGAUUGCGCAGAUCUUCGAGGUUAUCUGGGUCGCUCUGCGUGAUCCCAAGGUGCUCAUACGGGAAUCGGCUGCUGAAGCAAUCAGCGCCUGCUUCGAGAUCAUCUCCCCGCGCGACUCGCAGAUGCGCCAGCUCUGGUUCGGCAAAGUCUACGACGAGAUUCUGCGAGGCUUUACCAUCAAUACGAACGAAGCAAUUCAUGGCUCGCUUCUGACUAUGAAGGAGCUUUUGGACAAGAGUACCAUGUUCCUGAACGAUACCAAGUACAAAGAGACAGUUGAAACGGUGCUCAAAUACAGAGAGCACAGAGACGCUCUAGUGCGGAGAGAAGUCGUACUCAUCAUUCCGAUAUUAGCCAGUUAUUCACCUACCGAAUUCGCCACGAAGUACUUGCAUCAGUGUAUGUUGCAUCUGCAAGGUCUGAUAAGGAAGGAUCGAGACAGAGACAAGGCGUUUGUGGCGAUUGGUCAGAUUGCGAACGCAGUCGGGGUAGCUAUUUCGCCAUACCUAGAGGGCAUUCUUGGAUUUAUUCAAGAAGGUCUAAUCGCCAAAUCGCGGAACAAGAGCCUCAUCAACGAAGCCCCCAUAUUCCAAUGUCUCAGCAUGAUUGCGGCGGCAGUAGGUCAGGCGCUCACCAAGUCCGUCGAACGAUUAUUAGAUCCUAUCUUCUCCUGCGGGCUCAGCGAUUCCUUGUUUCAGGCUCUCGUGGAUAUGGCGCAUUAUGUACCACCAUCCCGCCCGAUGAUUCAGGAAAAGCUUCUGGAUCUCCUUAGCCAGAUCCUCGCUGGUCGACAUUUCUUACCCUUGGGCAGCCCUUAUCAAGUAUCACAACCACCACAAAUAUGGACCCGAGAUCACAAGGACCCACAGACGAUUGCUCCACGAGAAGCAGAGAUUGCGCUUGCCCUGCAUACGCUGGGCAGCUUCGACUUCACAGGCCAUGUCUUGAACGAAUUCGUUCGCGAUGUCGCCAUUCGUUAUGUUGAGGCGGACAACCCUGAAAUACGGAAGCGCGCUGCUUUGACGUGCUGCCAACUGUUUGUCAAGGACCCUAUUGUACAUCAGACCAGCACACACGCUACGAAGGUUGUUGGUGAUAUCAUCGAGAAACUCUUGACUGUUGGUGUAGGCGAUGUCGAUCCGGAUAUUCGAUGGGAUGUCCUCAUAGCACUAGACGCCCGGUUCGAUCGACAUCUCGGAAAGGCUGACAACGUCCGCACCCUGUUCCUCGCUUUGAAUGAUGAAAUAUUCGGGAUCCGAGAGGCUGCCAUGUCCAUUAUUGGUCGACUGACAGCCGUCAAUCCAGCCUACGUCUUCCCCUCGCUACGAAAAGUCCUCUUGCAGCUACUCACGGAGGUCAACUAUGCCAAUAGCCCACGUAGCAAGGAGGAAAGUGCAAAGCUCAUCAGUAGUCUUGUUGGAGCUGCGGAUAGUCUCAUCAAGCCGCUCGUCGACCCUAUCGUCACUGUGCUUCUUCCCAAGGCAAAAGACCCCAAUCCCGAAGUCGCGUCAACGACGCUGAAGGCUAUUGGCGAUCUUGCUACCGUCGGUGGCGAAGGGAUGAUCAAGUAUAUCCCGGAGCUAAUGCCAGUCAUUCUUGAUUUCAUGCAAGAUCUGACUUCAGACGCGAAGCGCUUCUCUGCGCUGAAAGCUCUCGGUCAACUUGCGACAAAUGCUGGAUAUGUCAUCGAGCCAUACAGGGAUUAUCCAGAGCUUAUGAACAUAUUGAUGAGUAUUGUCAAGACGGAGCCUGAAGGUGAACUUAGGCGGGAAACUGUCAGGCUCAUGGGCACACUCGGUGCCUUGGAUCCGGAUGAGUACCAGAAGAUCAUGGAGCAGUCACCGGACAAGCAUCUUAUCAUGGAAGCUCAGGCGGUCACUGAUGUCUCGUUGAUCAUGCAAGGCAUCACGCCUUCGAACGAGGAGUACUACCCGACCAUUGUCAUCAGCACGCUCAUGGGGUUGCUGAAGGACCCUUCUCUGAUUCAAUUUCACACCGCGAUUGUGGAAGCUGUUAUGAACAUCUACGCGACAAUGGGCCUCAAGUGCGUGCCAUUUCUCAAUCAAGUAGUGCCUGGGUUACUGCAUGUCAUUCGUGCUACACCAGCUGGACGCUCAGAGGGUUACUUCAACCAGCUAAGUCAACUUGUCAAGAUUGUUCGCCAGCAUAUCCGACCAUAUCUGCCUAGUAUUCUUGCAACCAUCAAAGAAUAUUGGAGCAGCAGCCCGCAACUGCAAGCUACUAUUCUGUCGCUUAUUGAGGCUAUUGCCCGAUCGCUUGAAGGGGAGUUCAAGGUAUACUUGGCAGAUGUACUACCACUUAUGCUAAGUGUUUUGGAUUCUGAUCAGACCGGCAAGCGACUGCCUUCUGAGCGGGUGCUUCAUGCAUUCCUUAUCUUUGGCUCGAGCGCGGAAGAAUACAUGCAUCUAAUUAUACCAGUCAUGGUGAAUAUGUUCGACAAGCCGGGACAACCCAUGAACAUUCGGAAACUGGCAAUCGAGACGCUAGGAAGGCUAUCAAAGCAGGUCAAUGUUUCCGAGUUCGCUGCUCGCAUCAUUCACCCUCUUUGUCGUGUACUCACCGGAACCGAGCCGGCGUUGAAGCAAACCGCGCUUGAGACGCUUUGCGCACUCAUCUUCCAACUUGGGCCUGACUACAUCCACUUCGUGCCCACGGUCAACAAAAUACUCAUCGCUCAUAAAGUACCUCAUGAGAACUACGGACGUAUCGUGUCGAAGCUACAGAAGGGGGAGCCCCUACCGCAGGAUCUUAGUCCUGAUGAGCGUUAUGGUGAGGAAGAUGAGGACCUCAACCCUGCGGAAAUACUUACAAAGAAAUUGGCUGUGAACCAACAGCACCUGAAGCAGGCGUGGGAGGCGUCAUCCAAGACGACGAAGGAAGACUGGAUCGAAUGGAUGCGAAGAUUUAGCGUCGAGUUACUGCGAGAAUCGCCACAACAAGCGUUGCGCGCUUGCACACCCCUAGGGAGCGUUUACAGUCCGAUCGCCAGAAGUCUCUUCAAUUCCGCUUUUGUCUCCUGCUGGACCGAGUUGUACGAUCAGUACCAGGAGGAGCUUGUUCGGUCUAUCGAGACUGCACUUACAUCGCCAAACAUACCGCCGGAGAUUCUGCAGGUCCUUCUCAACCUGGCUGAGUUCAUGGAACACGAUGAUAAAGCGUUGCCUAUCGAUGUCCGGAUACUCGGCAUGUACGCCGGUAAAUGCCACGCGUUCGCCAAAGCCCUGCAUUAUAAGGAGCUCGAAUUCAACGCAGAGCAGAAUACUAGCGCUGUGGAAGCCCUUAUCAGCAUUAAUAACCAGCUACAGCAGACAGACGCAGCUUUCGGCAUACUGCGAAAAGCUCAAAACUAUUCCGACGUGGACUUGAAAGAGUCCUGGUUCGAAAAGUUGCAGAAGUGGGACGAAGCACUGGCUGCUUACCAGAAGAAAGAGUUGGAGGAGCCAGACUCGUUUGACGUGACUAUGGGCAAAAUGCGCUGCUUGCACGCUCUUGGUGAAUGGGAACUUCUUUCCACUCUAUCCAAGGAAAAGUGGGCCAAUGUCGGGCAGGAGUAUCGCAAGGCGAUCGCUCCACUUGCUGCAACGGCCGCCUGGGGUCUCGGCAAGUUUGCGGAUAUGGACAUCUACCUUGGUGUUAUGAAAGAGCAAUCGCCUGACAGGGCUUUCUUUGCUUCCAUCCUCAACAUUCACAACAACCGCUUCGAAAUCGCCGUCGAUGAGAUUGCUAAGGCUCGAAAGGGUCUGGAUACAGAGCUCAGUUCCCUUCUGGGAGAGUCUUAUCAACGCGCUUACCUACCGAUGAUCCGUGUUCAAAUGUUGGCUGAACUCGAGGAGAUUAUGCAGUACAAGCAAAACGAAAACAACAAGGACAAACAAGCCAGCAUGCGCAAGACCUGGAUGAAGCGGCUUAAGGGGCUACAGCCGAAUCCCGAGGUCUGGCAGCGCAUGAUCAAGGUCCGCCAGCUUGUGAUCUCGCCGCAUGAGGGCACCGACAUGUGGAUCAAGUACACGAACCUUUGUCGAAAGAACAAUAGGAUGAACCUCGCGAAUAAAGCACUACAGAAGUUGCUCGAUAUUGAGGGCUCAGGCGAAGGUAGAGUGGUUGAGUUUAUGCGCGAAAACGCUCAGAAGAUUCCCCAUCCGGUGGCAUACGCGACAUACAAGUAUAUGUGGGCGGAUCAGAACUUCAAGCAAGAGGCCCUUGAUAGCAUGAAGGACUUCACUGCACGGCUUUCAGACGACCUUGCGAUGAGAACAAGGGCAGCCACCAACCCAAUGUUGGCGCAGAGUGGCCUAAAUGGCAUGUCUAACGGACAGCACAUGUUCACCAACGUGAAUCCCUUCGCUGCGACCAACGGUCAAAACGGCGUUAAUGGUAUGAACAGUUCGAGCAUGAUGAACGGAUCCGGGGUUGGCGUCUCACCCGCAGAACUGGUCGAGUGCCACCGUCUCCUUGCCAAAUGCUAUCUCAAACAGGGUGACUGGCAGCAAGAACUACAAGACGGAGAAUGGGAGCACGAGUUCGUACACGAAAUACUAUCCGCGUACGCCGCUGCUACACGCUACAACCAGAACUGGUACAAGGCAUGGCACGCCUGGGCACUCGCCAAUUUCGAAGUCAUCAAUUCGAUCACCUCUAAGGCCGACCGGGAAACUACAGAUGUGCCCUCUAACAUGGUGCACGAUCACGUCGUCCCAGCUAUACAUGGCUUCUUCAAAUCUAUUGCCUUGUCCUCUACUAGCUCGCUUCAGGAUACUCUUAGAUUGCUCACGCUGUGGUUCAGUCAUGGCGGGUUAUCGGAGGUCAAUCGCACGAUCACUGAAGGGACGAAGUCUGUCGCGAUUGAUACUUGGUUGGAAGUCAUCCCGCAGCUGCUCGCCAGAAUCAACCAGCCAAAUCCUACAGUCAGGCAGUCUAUUCACCAGCUCCUCAUCGAAGUCGGCAAAGCGCAUCCACAAGCCUUGGUUUUCCCAUUGACUGUGUCAAUGAAGUCCGAUGUGUCUCGGCGUCAGCGAUCUGCCAAGGAGCUCAUGGAGGCCAUGCGCGAGCACUCGCCCAAACUAGUAGAGCAAGCCGAUCUUGUCAGCCACGAGCUUAUCCGUAUUGCGGUGCUUUGGCACGAACAAUGGCAUGAGGGUCUCGAGGAAGCAAGCCGACUUUACUUCGGUGAUCACAAUAUUGACGGUAUGUUCGCCACACUCGCACCACUCCAUGCCAUGCUCGACAAGGGACCGGAGACGCUACGCGAAAUCUCCUUCAUCCAGUCUUUCGGCCGUGAACUGCAGGAGGCCCGAGACUGGUGCAACACCUUUAGGACAUCUGGAGAGAUUGGAGAUCUCAACCAGGCCUGGGAUUUGUAUUACCAGGUGUUCCGUAAGAUUGCUCGUCAACUGCCGUCUUUAAUGUCGCUGGAGCUUCAGUAUGUCUCGCCGAAGUUAAAGGACGCCCAUGAUCUUGAGCUUGCUGUUCCUGGAACGUACCAGGUCGGCAAGCAGGUUAUUCGUAUCAUUUCUUUCGAACCUAUGGCGACUGUCAUCCAGUCCAAGCAACGACCCAGAAAGCUAGAGAUGCGUGGCAGUGACGGCAAGGCGCAUACUCAUAUCCUCAAGGGCCACGAAGAUAUUCGUCAGGAUGAGCGUGUCAUGCAACUGUUCGGUCUUUGCAACACCCUGCUCUCCAACGAUGUCGAGUCCCGCAAGCGUCAUCUCAACAUUCAACGCUACGCUGCCGUUCCGCUUAGCACGCAGUCCGGUCUUCUAGGCUUCGUCCCUAACAGCGAUACCCUGCAUGUCCUCAUCCGCGAGUACCGUGAUAGUAGAAAGAUCCUACUCAAUAUUGAGCACCGCAUCAUGUUGCAGAUGGCCCCCGACUACGAUUGCCUCACUCUAAUGCAGAAAGUCGAAGUCUUCGGUUACGCACUCGACAACACUACCGGUCAGGACCUCUACCGCGUGCUCUGGCUCAAGAGCAAGAGCUCAGAAGCCUGGCUCGAUCGUCGUACAAACUAUACGCGAUCGCUUGCUGUUAUGUCCAUGGUUGGCUACAUUUUGGGUCUUGGAGAUCGCCAUCCGAGCAAUUUGAUGCUGGAUAGGGUAACGGGCAAGAUUAUCCAUAUCGAUUUUGGCGACUGCUUCGAAGUGGCGAUGCAUCGCGAGAAGUAUCCUGAACGAGUGCCAUUCCGCUUGACACGCAUGUUGACGUAUGCCAUGGAAGUUAGCAACAUCGAGGGCAGUUAUCGGACAACGUGCGAGCAUGUUAUGCGAGUGCUAAGGAGUAAUAAGGAGAGCGUCAUGGCAGUGCUUGAAGCUUUCAUACAUGAUCCCCUCCUGACCUGGCGCCUCGGCCACCGCGGUGAAUCACCACCGGAGCCAAACUACCCCUCCGAACGCCGGCAGUCCAUCAUGGGUGACGCUGCCGAACUAUCUUCCAUGGCAGGGCGCCCCCGGCACCGCUCCAGCGUUGCGCCGCCCAACGAAGCCGAAGCGAAAGAAGUGCAGAAUGCACGGGCGCUGCAGGUGUUGUCGAGGGUGAAGGAGAAGCUUACGGGCAAGGACUUCAGGCCGGGAGAGGAACUGAAUACGGAUAUGCAGGUUGAUCGCUUGAUCAAGGAGGCGACAAAUCUGGAGAACCUGUGUCAGCAUUACAUUGGAUGGUGCAGCUUUUGGUAGUCGGAGGAAGGAAUCGGUGGGAUAUGAGGGGAUCUCAGUGGGUAUGAUCAGGAGUACAAGGGCAUGGGCGACAUUACUCCAUAUGCGUUUCUUUUCGAGCGCACGGUUAUUGAUGGGCUAUGGCAUGGCAUGGAGUUUGAUUCAUAGGCCUUUCGGAAAAUGGCACAGGGAAGUGGCUUCGUGUACGAUCACAGGGUAUGGCUUAUCGAGCGGCAUUGUACUGGAGCUUGAGUUUUGGUUGAGCACCCUUCUUUGGGUCCGCUCUGGCAAUGAUUAUUCUUGCUAUUAUGAA